CACAAGACGAGUGAGAAAAAACCAUGGCUCAAUGGAACCUUUACAAAUCCCUCGCCGGUAAGUCGCCAUGUGGAUGGGCUCUCUCGUUUCUCCUCUUUCAUCCUCGCUUUUCCCCUCCCUUGAUUGCUCUUCUAGUUGUUCCUGCUAGAAACAGCUCGCUUGUCGAUAUCUCACCUCGCUCGAGUUCGACUGGGUUCAAGUCGGCAUUGCCUUCGACCUUGAGACGACUACCGGUAUUUGGGUUCGCUUUCGGAGUCGAACGUGAUCCACCGGACCAUUCUCUUUCAUUUCCCCUCAAAAAACUCCCCUCACUUGCGAGUCGAUCACAUCACAGCCGCCAACAUGUCUCAGAAGGAACAGGAGUCAUCCUCGACCAAGUUGUCGUCGAGCCUGCCCUUUGGCCAGCUCGUCCCUCUUGCGUCCAUCUCUGGGCCGACCUACGUUACCGCCCAACUCCUCGUCCAGCAGGUCGCCUACAAGCUCUCCGACAAGAUCUUCUCUUACUCCCCUGAGACUUUCGACCUCGACAUUGCCCUCAAGGACUGGGCUGCCAAGGAGGAGAAGAACAUCCACGGAUAUGCCACCACCGUGCUGCCCUCACAGACGAGAGUAGGAGCCGGCGCCCUUGCCCUCGGAUACAUCUUCUCUCCGGACUUUGAUGUCACCAAACGCCAUAUCCCCCAGUCUCUGGUUGCUCCCUCUGGCAGCCUGCAGCAGCUCCGCGGAACUCUGGACCAGCUUUCCCUCCUCUAUGGCGUUUCCAGCCCGUUCGUCGCCCAUGUCGCCGCUGUUGACUACUCCGACAGCAAGGGCCUCGUCUCAAACUAUGACACUGCCCUCCGACUUGUGGAGGACCUCGGCCUCGGCUUGGUUGCCAGCGCAUCCACCUAUGAGGCCCAGCACAUGUCUCUCUUCGCCACCCUCCUGGCUUCUCUCCUGCCCACCCUCCACAUAUACGAUGGCGUUCGUACCGCCAGGGAGACUCUCCGAGUUGUCGAUGCCCUGAGCGAGACUGGUAUUGCCGACUUGUACACGAAGCUCGCUUCCGAGGUCGCCAAGCUGAACACUCGCCUUGACACCGCUGGCAAGGUCGUCGAGUUGCUGAAGGCCUUCAACGAUGAGCUCGGAACUAUCUACCAACCCUUCGAGUACCAUGGCCACGAGACCCCCGAUGUCGUCCUCGUUGCCUUCGGAAGCGUUGAGACCCAGGUCACUAAGGAGGUUCUCACCAAACUUGCCGCCGAUGGUGCCAAGGUUGGCGUUAUCAACGUCCGAAUUUACCGACCCUUCAUCGAGGAGGCUUUCUUGAAGGCUAUCCCUGCUUCUGCCCGCACCAUUGCCGUCUUAGGCCAGGUUAAGGACGACCUUGCUGUCGAGGAUGAGGCUACCCAGUCUGCUCUCUACAGCGAUGUUCUCACUUCCAUCGCCUUCUCCGGCAAGUUCGACCAGGAACCUGAUGUCCUCGAUAUCAAGUACACUCCCGCCCAGUCCUUGACUCCCCAAGGUCUUGUUGGCACCCUCCACAAGAUCUUUGGCAACGACGGUGACGUCAAGACGCUGCCGUCUCUCAUCCAAGCCGAGCAGUAUACCUUCUGGGAUCUUGACGACUCGGCUGCCCUCAACUCCGCCAGCGCUCUUGGCAACCUGCUCGCCAAGGAGUCCACCUCCAAUGUCUACGUCAACGAGACUUUUGACAACCUUACCCAGGGCGGUAUCGUCCGAAGCGAUGUCCGAGCUUCCAAGAAGGCUCUCGAGGCUCCUUACGACAUUGACGAGGCCGACACCGUCGUCGUUGGAGACGAGAGGAUUCUCAAGGAGGUGGAUGUGGUCAAGAGCCUGGUAAAUGGUGGAAAGAUCAUUGUCAAACUCCCCAACUUCAAGGACGAGGAUGUGGAGAAGAGACUCCCCGUUGCCUUCCGAAAGGCUAUCCAGGAGAAGGCUGCCGAGCUCUUCAUCUUGGACAUCUCCAACUUGCCUUCAUACGAAAAGGAUCCUCUCACCUCCAAGCUUCUGCUUGAGUUGGCCUUCUUCAACACUGCCAAUCCUACGAUUUCUCCCCAGGAUCUCGGACAGUUGGUCACCGAGGGCAAGACUCCUACUCUCGGGGCAGCUCUGGAGGCUCUCGCCGUCUGCCUUCGCCAAUAUGAGAUCCCUGCUGCCUGGGCUGAGGUUGAAGCUGAUUACGCCGACCCCAACCUCCCCGUCACCAUCAAGGGCAACAGCUUCGUCUCCCACCAGAAGGAGGAGGUCGAGGAGACUCUCGAGCUUCAGGACUGGCAGAUUGCUGCCAAGGCCCUUGCCUUCAAGGAAGCCUACGGUGCCAAGUCUACUCUACGACCAGACCUGUCGGUCAAGACCGCCACCGUCACUGUCAAGGAGAACCGUCGUCUCACCCCUGGUGACUACGACCGCAACAUCUUCCACAUUGAGUUCGACCUCGGUGACUCCGGUCUCACCUACAAGAUUGGUGAGGCUCUGGGUAUCCACGCUGAGAACGAUGAGGAGGAGGUCAACCAGUUCAUCAAGUUCUACGGUCUCAACCCUGCCGAUCUUGUGCCCGUUCCUUCGCGCGAGGACCCCGAUGCGCUGGAGGUCCGUACCGUUUACCAGGCUUUGAUCCAGAAUAUCGAUAUUCUGGGUAAGCCUCCUAAGCGGUUCUACGAGGCCCUGGCUGAGUUCGCCACCGAUGAGACUGAGAAGGGCAAGAUUGAGGCUCUGGGUGGCCAGACUGGUGCCGAAGACUUCAAGACCCGCUCUGAGAUUGAUACUCUCACCUACGUCGAUAUCCUGGAGGAGUUCAAGUCUGCUCACCCCAGCUUCCACGAUCUGGUCAAGAUUGUCAGCCCCCUGAAGCGUCGCGAGUACUCCAUCGCUUCUGCUCAGGCCGUGACCCCCACGUCCGUCUCUCUCAUGAUUGUCGUUGUCGACUGGGUCGACCCCCGUGGACGCACCCGAUACGGUCAAGCCACCCGCUACCUCAGCCGUCUGCCGGUUGGUGCCAAGGUCACCGCCUCCGUGAAGCCUUCAGUCAUGAAGCUUCCCACCAAGGACACCGCGCCUCUCAUCAUGGCCGGCCUCGGAACUGGUCUCGCUCCUUUCCGCGCCUUCGUCCAGUACCGUGCUAUGCAGAAGGCCCAGGGCAAGGAGAUUGGCUCCAUUCUCCUGUACCUUGGUUCUCGUCACCAGCGUGAGGAGUACCUCUACGGUGAGGAGUGGGAAGCCUACCUGGCCGCCGGCGUUGUCACUCUCAUCGGCUCUGCCUUCUCUCGUGACCAGCCUCAGAAGAUCUACAUCCAGGACAGGAUGCGCCAGACUUUGAAGGAGAUCGCCAAGGCCUACAUCAAGGACGAGGGCAGCUUCUACCUCUGUGGUCCCACGUGGCCAGUGCCUGACGUGACCAAGGUUCUCGAGGAGGCUAUCGCUGCCGAAGCCAAGGCCGCCGGCAAGAAGGUCGACCCGCGGAAGGAGAUUGAGAAGCUCAAGGAGGAGGGCCGAUACGUCCUCGAGGUUUACUAAAUUGCAUGAGUAUAUAACGUGUUAUGAAUCUCGCCAAAAUUUGAGUCUGGUAUAUAUAUGAACUAGAGUAGCUUGAAGCGUAUGAAUAUAGUCAAAAGUCAUGUUGUUUA